CAGUUUACUUCCGAGGUUCCAUAGGUGUGCGCUUUCGCACACUUUGCGCUGAACGUGUGGCGGUGACGUUGAGCGGUGUUGUCCGAGCAAGUAUUUUGCUUUUAUUUUUGAAAGAAACUAGGAAAGCACGUUUUCAUCUGGACGGCAGUACUGUAAACAACAGCGGUCAUCCGAUCAGCCAUGGCUUUAUCUUUACGGGCCUUCUCUUUAUAAAGCUGUGUGCGCGGUUUUCGAGUGUUUACGUGUGAAAAAAGACAGAAAAGUACGUGGCCCCCCCUCCUGUGCUGUGGUAGGUGGACAGUGUUUGCCCGAGAUGUCGGCGAUCGUGGAUCAAACGCCCAACACGGCCAAGUCUGUGAUUGAUCUCUUCGCGCCAAACCAUGUUCCGGUGACGGGUGAAGACAAGAUAGACUGCGACGGACUCAACGAAAAGACUGUCCUCGUGAGUCCAUCUGAAGAGCAGUACGACGCUCUGCAGAGGCAGCUGUCGCAGCGGUUACGAAAAGGACACGGCGAAGUCAUCUACGAGAUAGGGACUGGAGGUCAAGGCGAUGCUGGGCUCACAGCUGAGGAGAUGGAUGCCUCAGUGGCAACGUUACAAAGUAUGGCGUCAACACUGGAGUGCGACUGCAUGCGACUGCGAGAGCGAAAAACUGCUGACGGGCUGAUUGCCGAGUACCUGGUUCGGCGACGGGCCAAGGAAAAUGACUUUGUGGAAGUCAGGGUGGCCGUGGUGGGCAAUGUCGACGCUGGCAAGAGCACGCUGCUGGGCGUGCUCACCCACGGCGAGCUGGACAACGGCCGCGGCUUGGCUCGGCAGCGGCUGUUUCGGCACAAGCACGAGGCCGAGUCCGGCCGCACCUCGUCCGUGGGCAACGACAUAUUGGGUUUCGACUCGCGGGGCAAUGUGGUGAACCAGCCGGACCCGCACGGGGGCCAACUCGACUGGAUGCGCAUCUGUGAGCAGUCCUCGAAGGUGAUCACGUUCAUCGAUCUGGCAGGCCACGAGCGCUACCUGAAGACCACCAUCUUUGGCAUGACAGGGCAUGCCCCCGACUUCACCAUGCUCAUGGUGGGCGCUAAUGCAGGUGUGGUUGGCAUGACCAAGGAGCACCUGGGCCUGGCUCUAGCGCUGAGUGUUCCUGUGUUUGUCGUGGUCACCAAGAUGGACAUGUGCCCAGGCAAUGUUCUGCAAGACACCAUGCGCCUGCUCGUGCGAAUUCUCAAGUCGCCGGGUUGCCGCAAGAUCCCCGUCGUGGUCCACUCGGCUGACGAUGUGGUCGUCUGCGCCACCAAUUUUGUCUCUGAAAGGCUGUGCCCCAUAUUCCAAGUUUCCAACGUGACGGGCGAGAACCUGCUGCUGCUCAAGAUGUUCCUGAAUCUGCUUUCCACACGCAUGCCCAACCUGGACUCUGAGCCGGCGGAGUUUCAAGUAGACGACACCUACUCGGUCCCCGGUGUGGGCACAGUGGUGUCAGGCACCACGCUCAAGGGCGUCAUUCGGCUGAACGAGGUGCUCCUGCUGGGACCAGACCCGCUGGGUCACUUUCAGCCCGUGGCGGUCAAGUCCAUACACCGGAAGCGGAUGCCCGUCAAGGAGGUGCACAGUGGCCAGACAGCCUCCUUCGCACUGAAGAAGCAAGUGAAGCGCUCGGACAUCCGCAAAGGCAUGGUGCUGGUGUCGCCCAAGCUGGAGCCCAAGUCAUGCUGGGAGUUUGAGGGCGAGAUCCUGGUGCUGCACCACCCGACCACCAUCAGCCCUCGCUACCAGGCCAUGGUUCAUUGCGGGAGCAUCCGGCAGACGGCCUCCAUCCUGACCAUGUCAACCGACUGCCUGCGCACGGGCGACAAGGCACUGGUGCGAUUCCGUUUCAUCAAAAACCCGGAGUACCUGCGUCCAGGCAUGCGCCUAGUGUUCCGCGAAGGACGCACCAAAGCUGUGGGGAACGUGCUGCGCCUCUUCCCUCCUGUGCCCGGUGGCGGGCACUACCACGGGGUCACCAAGGUGGCCAGCAAACCGCAGCAGCAGGCCAGGAACAACAGCACACCGACCACCUCUGAAAACAAUGGCGAUGUCUUGCCAGCUGAACACCAGACAACCGAUACCAUGUCAUCCGGGAGCUUAUCAACAGCAGUGCCAAGGGCUGAAAACGAACCACAGAAAGCCAGUAAACGCAACCGCGGUCGUUACCGGGGUCCCCGAAUGGCACCAGUCAUCUAGGAGCCUUGUGUUCCAUAGAGCAUGUUUUUAAGACCCAGUUGUUUAUGUUAACAUCACUCGAUGAGGAUCUUCGUAGUGCGUACUUAAGCCACCGUGCACGCCCACAUUAUCUGCCACUUGUAACCCAAUUCUUCACAUCCAAUUUGGGCAUCUCAUUGGUAGAUCCUCGGUACUGUCUUUAUACCUCUGGUGUUAAUUUUUUUUUUUUUUUUUUGCCUUUUCCACAUCGCUUUGUUGUCUGUGCCCGUGCAUCUAAUAUGGCUCGCUUGCCAAGCAUCUGUUCUCAUUCCUUGUAUGUCAAAAGGACUCACUUACCUAGCAAAUGUUUUGCCCUUAUGUGUUCAGAACAACCUUAUCCUUAAUUAACUUACAACAGCGAAUUCGGUUUGAAAAUUUUGCUGAUGAGCUUGUUAGCUUUGUCACUUAGCUCCUUGUUUUCUUUGUUGUCAUUAACAGUGCAGCCAUUAUGCCUUAUUGUUUUUCCGAGAAUUUCGUUUCUCACACAAUGUGACCUUUUUGUUUUGCCCCUUUGUAAUGCCAAAUGACUUUGACCUUUCCAUUUCUUCUUUUUGACAGGUUUAGGCACGUUAGGCUUGCGUUGUUGCUGUAAUGACGGUUGUUUGUUUGGCCAUGGUAUAACUUGUAACGUAUAUCUACUCGUUUUUGCAGGUUCUCUUUUGGUGAUUACUAUUGAAGCGUGGUGUACUUUAGAGCCACCAUUGUCCUCUGCUUGCACCUUUUUCAAAUUAAGGUUUGCGUGAAAUGUGCUAUAAAUUGCAGUAUUUAACUUAGCACCAAACUGGGGUUAUAACAUGUUGCCAACGUUUGUGAUGUUGACCAGCACGAAUAAAUGAAAGCUGCAGUGAGGCUGAUUCUCAGGAGGGGAUCAGCUAGUCUUGCAGAGGAUAAUAUUCGAUUAUCUUCUGAUGCUCUGAAGAAGAGGUAACCUAUACAAAGUGCAUGUUAAUGAACAUGGCGGAAAGAGAGAAAAGAAAAAAAAAAGACAACUUGGGAGAUACUUCAGCCUGUCGGGUUUUCAAGGCAACUUCCUCUGACUUCAUUCUCUUCCUGCUUUCAGUUGCCAAGUGCAAACAUAGUGUUGAAUUCUGGAUACAGCGCACGAUACGUUUCUUUGUUUGUGUUAGGUUUAAGUACUGCUGGCCACUUUUUCGAGGUCGUGCCACUCUUUUCUGCUCGCCGCAUUUAAGCCCUAUAGUUCUCAUCCUCGACACCCAACAACAUAGUUGCCAUUGCUACAGCAAUACUUACUCCGAAGGGUCCGCAGGACUAACCGCGCGUUACAUCUUCCGAGCGGUGCAAAAGACAAGCAGGCGACAAACCCAACGCGGUUGUGACUAGAGACAACUGCGUCCGUACGAUUGUUCCAUUAAAUUUUUGUAUGACAAGCCUUCAAGGUUUUCCACAUGACGCUUUCUCUAUGUUGAUGAUUGCACCGUUGCAACGAUGUUGCAUAAACAAGGAUUCGACGGACUUUGUGUUAUCAGCAUAGGUAUUUAUUACAGUCCGGCAACCUACAGUCAACAUCAGACUUUUUGGACAUUCCUAGGGACCACAAUAGUGUCCGAAAGCCAGGCUGUCCAAAAAAAAAAAACAAAUGCAUGUCUUUACUGCCCUUAGGGGUGCAAAUCGCCACAGCCAUGUUCGAAAUAGCUUUAAAAGCCUGCCAGUACAGUUAUUAGGUGUCUUAGUGCUCAUAGUGUGACAGGAGACGGCGGCUGUGCACGUGUGUAAUUAAGGAACACAUUUUAUGUCCGCGUCUUUGCACUCUUGGUAUGCUUCACUGCAGCACAUUGCAUAUGCUUGACUGCGUAACACCGCUGUAUUGCGACGAAGUUGACUUUUGGGAACUGACAUUAUACAACGUUUCAGACCUUCUCCAUGCUUCGACGACAUCAGCGAAGAUGUCAGCGCCAUUGCCAACAGCAGCAAAUCCUUUGAAUGAAAAGCAUGGCACUGAACAGCAGGAAGCUUGAUAACGAACGUCGAAGCACCUAGGCCUAACGACAGCAUAAAAUUACUACAGCUGCCAGCAGAUUGGCAUGUAAGAGCACUGGUUUGAGGCUGCGAGAUAAUCAAAGUGGCGGUGGUGGCUUCAAUUAAUGCUGUUUCAGACCUGCAGUCAUGGCAGAAAGUCCGAAAAAUUGGACGGCUAAGAAUUUCAGCAUCCAAAAUUUCAGACGUCCUUAUGCAUUGGCUCUAUAGGGGUAUGUGGCGGUGCCGCAGAGGUGUCCGAAUUAUCAGGCAUGUCCGAAAAAUCGGUUGACUGUUUUAAAAUGAUCUGUAGUUGUAAAAAAGGCUUAUUUGGAGGCAGUGAUAAGUUGGGAGUGCUUCAUCGUGAUGUUCAUUUCUUGAGCCUAUAAGGUUACUUUAGCCACUGAGUCACGUUUUUCAGAGCAAUAAUUGGAGAGCUGUUGUUAAUGGUCUGUAUUUUUCACUUUGGACAAUGUAACGGUGACAAAAAAGAGAAUGCUUUAUUGGAAUUGUUGCAGACAUCAUUUGCAUUGUACUAAAAAGUUGUAUCUGUGUUGGUAAGGUUGACAUUUGGAUGAGUUGGUGUAGAUUUGCGAGUUGGAGUAUCGUGAGGGAUGAUAAUGAAGGAAAGGAGGUGACACAAUAAGUGCUUACUUGCAACAAUCCAUCUGUUCUAGAGGAAUACGGUUUUUAACCCUCUAACCCCCAAAUUAUUUCUGGAAAAACGGACCGAAUUUCCUGCAUUUCUUAUGUAAUCAUAUUUUUUUUUUUUUGUGCUACAUGACUCGUCUUUUUCUGGUCUAUUUUAACAACUGAUGUCACAGACGAAGGUGGUAACUGUUCGGUCCAUCCUCGGAACUGCUGAAAGAUUGCAGUUCUUGAUGGCUCUUUAUGAGAGAGUCCAUGAUCUGCUUUGAAGGGUUGCAGUCAUGAUGCACACAUUAGAACACAGUUCAUUAGAAACAUGCAACAAAGGUUUCUGUGUGGCAAAAAGACAGUUUUCCUUUUCUAUACUUUAUCGCAUAGCGUUGGUUAGGAACAAAUAGGGCUAAGGUGAAAGUGCUAUAUUCCGCAUUGCUAUAUAGAAAACCACUGCUCUAAACAUAUAAUCAUGGAGUUGCAGAGAAAAAAAAAAAAAAAAAAGCUAGUUUAACUGGCUCAUUUAGGACAGAAGUUUAACUGGCUCAUUUAGGACAGAAAUUAUGGUUGUGUCAAUAUUUUUGGGUUGUACGAGGUCUGUUAGAAAAGUAUCGGAGCUUUGGCCGUAGAAAAAAAACUGGCAUAACUGGAGUGUUGGAAACCUAAUCACCCUCAAAGUAGUCUCCUUGGGACUCCACACACUUCUCCCAGCGGUGCUGCCAUUGUUGGAAGCAUUCUGAGAAGGCCUCUUUCGGAAUGGAGUUUAGCUCAGCUGUCGUUGCAGCCAUAAUGUCCUCUCUUGUCUGAAAUCGCGCUCUUUUCAAUGGCCUCUUGAUUUUGGGAAACAGCCAGAAGUCGCAGGGUGCCAUAUCAGGAGAGUAAGGAGCCUGUUGAACUACAGGAGUCUGG